AUGUCUUCUCCAACGCUCCCUACACUGGUCCUCGUACCGGGCGCAUUCGGCACGCCCGCAGGAUAUGGCAAGCUGUUGCCUCAUUUUGAGCAGGCCGGACUGAAGACUGCCCCUGGACCAUAUCCAAGCUGCAAUCCAGCCGAUCCCACGUCUGCGACAGCCUCGGAAGACAUUAAGUCUCUCCGACAGAAGGUUCUCCUCCCUCUAAUCGAAGAACAGGGAAAGGACAUCGUCAUCCUGGCUCACUCGUAUGGAGGUGUCGUAGCAGGAGGGGCUGCCAAGGGUCUUGACAAAGCAACGCGCAAGGGCCAGGGCCAUGCCUCCGGCGUAGUCGGGUUGAUCUACGUGGCCGGGAAUAUCACGCUGGAAAAUGAGUCUCUUUCUGAUGCUGUCGGAGGUACCUAUCCUCCAUUCAUCAAAUUGGACAAGCCCUCGAAGGGUCUGGCUCUCAUCGAGCCGGCCAUGGAAAUACUCUACAAUGACUGCGCCCCAGCACAGAGCACAGAGCUAGAAAGCCGCAUGCUCCCUCACGCCAACCUCGCGUUCGAGACCAAGGCUUCGGCGCCAGCUUGGGCCGACAGUGGUUUCGACGGGAAGAGAGUUUAUGUGCGCACUCUGUUGGACUGCUGUAACCCGUCAGUGCUGCAGGAUAUGUGGUUGGAGAAGACCAAGGUCAGCUGGGAGGUAGUUGACUUCCGGACCGGGCACAUGCCGUUCGAGAGCCAGCCUCAGCAGCUGGCUGCGCAGAUCAUCAAGUCGGUCAAGGGUUUUGUGGCGGCGUGA